AGGAGCCGCGGCGGCGAGAGCCCAGCGCGGGAGCAGGGCCUAGGUCCGCGCCCAGGCAGCCGUGUCUGUGUGUGCGUCUUGGAGAAGCAGGGCCCAUUGGGAACAAUGCCACCACCAUCAGAUAUUGUCAAAGUGGCCAUUGAGUGGCCAGGUGCUAAUGCUCAGCUCCUUGAAAUCGACCAGAAACGGCCGCUGGCAUCCAUCAUCAAGGAAGUUUGCGAUGGGUGGUCACUGCCAAACCCGGAGUAUUACACCCUGCGUUAUGCAGACGGGCCCCAGCUCUACAUCACCGAACAGACUCGCAGUGACAUUAAGAAUGGGACAAUCUUACAGCUGGCCAUCUCCCCGUCCCGGGCCGCACGCCAGCUGAUGGAGAGGACCCAGUCGUCCAGCAUGGAGACCCGGCUGGACGCCAUGAAGGAGCUGGCCAAGCUCUCUGCUGACGUGACCUUCGCCACGGAAUUCAUCAACAUGGAUGGCAUUGUUGUGCUGACGCGGCUGGUGGAAAGUGGAACCAAGCUCUUGUCCCACUACAGUGAGAUGCUGGCAUUCACCCUGACUGCCUUCUUAGAGCUCAUGGACCAUGGCAUUGUCUCCUGGGACAUGGUUUCCAUCACCUUCAUUAAGCAGAUUGCAGGGUACGUGAGCCAACCCAUGGUGGAUGUGUCCAUCCUUCAGAGGUCUUUGGCCAUCCUGGAGAGCAUGGUCCUGAACAGCCAGAGUCUGUACCAGAAGAUAGCAGAGGAAAUCACCGUGGGGCAGCUCAUCUCUCACCUCCAGGUCUCCAACCAGGAAAUUCAGACCUACGCCAUUGCCCUGAUUAACGCACUUUUUCUGAAGGCUCCUGAGGACAAGCGACAGGACAUGGCCAAUGCAUUCGCACAGAAGCACCUUCGAUCCAUAAUCCUAAAUCAUGUGAUCCGAGGGAACCGCCCAAUCAAGACCGAGAUGGCCCAUCAGCUAUAUGUGCUGCAAGUCCUGACCUUUAACCUUCUGGAAGAAAGGAUGAUGACCAAGAUGGACCCCAAUGACCAGGCUCAAAGAGACAUUAUAUUUGAACUGAGGAGGAUUGCAUUUGACGCAGAGUCUGACCCGAGCAGUGUCCCUGGGAGUGGGACUGAAAAACGCAAAGCCAUGUAUACCAAGGACUACAAAAUGCUGGGAUUCACUAACCAUAUCAACCCCGCAAUGGACUUUACGCAGACUCCUCCUGGAAUGCUGGCCUUGGACAACAUGCUGUACUUGGCUAAAGUCCAUCAGGACACCUACAUCCGGAUCGUCCUGGAGAACAGCAGCCGCGAAGACAAACACGAAUGCCCCUUUGGCCGGAGUGCCAUCGAGCUUACCAAAAUGCUCUGUGAAAUCCUCCAGGUUGGGGAACUACCGAACGAAGGGCGCAACGACUACCACCCGAUGUUCUUCACCCACGACCGUGCCUUUGAAGAGCUCUUCGGCAUCUGCAUCCAGCUGCUGAACAAGACCUGGAAGGAAAUGAGGGCAACGGCGGAGGACUUCAACAAGGUUAUGCAGGUCGUCCGAGAACAGAUCACGCGUGCUCUGCCCUCUAAACCCAACUCUUUGGAUCAGUUCAAGAGCAAAUUGCGCAGCCUGAGCUACUCUGAGAUUCUGCGGCUGCGCCAGUCCGAGAGGAUGAGCCAGGAUGACUUCCAGUCCCCACCAAUUGUGGAGCUGCGGGAGAAGAUCCAGCCGGAGAUCCUUGAGCUGAUCAAGCAGCAGCGCCUGAACCGGCUCUGUGAGGGCAGCAGCUUCCGGAAGAUUGGGAAUCGCCGAAGGCAAGAACGUUUCUGGUACUGCCGCUUGGCCCUGAACCACAAGGUCCUGCACUAUGGUGACCUGGACGACAACCCUCAAGGGGAGGUGACAUUUGAAUCCCUCCAGGAGAAAAUUCCUGUUGCAGACAUUAAGGCCAUUGUCACCGGGAAAGACUGUCCCCACAUGAAAGAGAAGAGCGCUCUGAAACAGAACAAGGAGGUGUUGGAAUUGGCUUUCUCCAUCUUGUAUGACCCCGAUGAGACCUUGAACUUCAUCGCACCUAAUAAGUAUGAGCCCUGGAAGACACCAGGUGUUACUGAGUUACUACGAUUGAGACCACAGUGUCUGUACUGCAUCUGGAUUGAUGGCCUCAGCGCCCUUCUGGGGAAGGACAUGUCCAGCGAGCUGACCAAGAGUGACCUGGACACCCUGCUGAGCAUGGAGAUGAAGCUGCGGCUCCUGGACCUGGAGAACAUCCAGAUUCCGGAGGCCCCGCCACCAGUGCCCAAGGAGCCCAGCAGCUACGACUUUGUCUAUCACUACGGCUGAGCCAGAGCCAGAGACGACGGCACCCAGGAAGGGAUUUGGGGCCCAGGAGAAACACUCACAGUCUGGUGCCUUGUCUUUUGCUUGUACAGAAUUUGUAGUGACUAUUGUGGCCAGUAAAUGCUAGCCAUUCCUCCGCCCACCUCAGGCUACCCAGAGCUUCCUCUCGGUCCCCGCCACUAUGAGUCAUGGAGGCAGGUGCUGUGCCCUCCCCAUCACUGUGGAGCCCGGCUUCAGGCCAUGAGGAUGAGCAGCAGAUGCCCUUGCCGGUCGGGCCGAGAAACUGCUUCUGGAGCUGGAUUUAAAAACAGCCACUCACCUUUUCUUCUGAGCCUGCCUUCCGGUGGUCAGCUGGCUCCCCACAUGGGCAAGAGCUGGCCCAGCAAAGGCGGCCUGCAGGGGACAGACGUGCUGGGCACGGUGAGAGCCUUGGAGAGACGGCCUCUGGCGGCCCGGCCUGGGUCAGAUACAAGCAGAGGCUUUGCCCUCGCUUUGUCGUCGUCCUGAGGGCUCGCUCUGGCCGCACACAGGGCCAGCGUGCUGCCGCUGAGGUUUGGCCCUGACAUCUCCGGCCUCCGGAGCCACAGUUGUCUGGGCAGAUGGAAAUUUCUCCCUGCAAUCUCUCAGUCUCAUCCUGGCAAGUCAGAGAUCUGAAGGCUGAGUCCCACCCUCUUAGUCUCAAGGAACUCUGCAGGGAGAGCCCAGAUGAGCCUGGGCCUAGACUGUGGUGAGGUCACUAGAUCCCCCUCGCCUCCCUUAGACCUUUCCCUUCUUCCGGGAGAGACCUCCCACAGCCUGACGUACAGCCCCUCCAGCUGGCUUUCCCUUGGCCUUCCAGACCUCAGGAAGUUUGCCUUCCUUUCCUCCCCAUCCAGUGCUGUGGUUCCUGACAUGGGCCAUGAUUUCAGGGAGCUGGCCGAGGCCACAGCUGUGCCAACAGCCUCCCUGGUGCUGCCGCACUCGUAAACCACACGCACAGCCUCUUUCCUUGGAGAUACGUCAACAUGGUGGCAUUCAAUUUUGGUAGCCGGGCAUGGUAGGUACUACCCAAUGAAGAGUGUACUAUAUAUUUUCUUUACUAUAGGCCAUACUUAUACAGACGUGUAUAUAUAUUUAUAUAAGAUCUACCUAUCCUAGGAUGGAAUGUUUGAGGGAAAAUAAAAUUGGAGGCAAAAAAAUUAAAAACAUACUUCCAGCUGUGAGCCAAGAUUGUAACCUGAGAGCAGCCAGGAGCUUCCUGUCCGUAACAUGUUUUCAAUAAAUA